ACUGAAGGAAGAUUCACUCUAUUUUGUGAUAAACAUGAAGAUCUCAUAAUCUUCAUCAGAGAUCUAAAGACACAGGAUUCUGGAACAUACCGGAUUGGUGUUGAUGGUAAAUGGUCUGUUGAUAUGAUUCUGAAAGUGAAAGAAGAUUCAUGUUGUGGGGCGUCACAGAGAGUGAUGGUGAAUACUGGACAAACUGUCAUCUUCACCUGUCAAUAUUCACAAGAUUAUAAAUCUAAGAAAAAGAUCAUAUUUAAAGAGAGAAAAGACUCCAUUGAGACGAUCUACAACACAUGGAAUCAGAAAGAGAGAUUCAGUAUUUCUGAUGACAAAUAUAAUAAUCUCUUCAGUGUGAGAAUGACUGACGUGAGAUCAGAAGAUGCAGGAGUUUAUUUAUGUGGAGUUCGGCUUUACAGAUAUUCCUACACCUACUGGAUUCUUACUGCUGUUAAUCUUCACAUUAUGAGUAAAGUGGGUGUGGUCAGAGUGAGCGGAUACUCAGCAGGUGGAAUCAUCUUCAAGUGUCAUCACCAUCAAUUCAAAAGCAACACAAAAUAUGUGUGUAAAGAAUCAGAUGGAUGUUGUGAGAGGAAGUAUCCAUCAGUUCAGGAUCAAUGGAUGGACAAUGGAGAUGUUUGUCUAUAUGACGACACCAGAGCAGGAGUCUUGAUGGUGUAUUUUAGAGAGCUGAACGCUGGACAUGCUGGAACAUACAGGUGUGGAGUGAAUCCAUCUCAAUAUACUGACACAUUCACUCAAGUCCAGCUCCACAUUAAAGACGUUCCAGUUUUGUCUCAUUGGUGGGUGAAUAAAUCUGUUUCUGUUGGUGAUGAAGUCAAUAUUACCUGUCAGAUCCCAGAGGAACAUCAAUUCAGCCCAAAACUCUUCUGUAAAGAGGAUGAAAAUCACAUUUGUCAAACCGUCAGCAGAUCUGAAGUGAAACUAAAUGAUUUCUCUGAUAAAAGUGUUUUUACUGUGAUCAUCAGUGAUGUGACAGUGAGAGAUGCUGGAGUUUACUGGUGUGGAGCAGAAACCAGUCACACAGAUUUCACUUUCAUCUCUCUCACCACUAAAGUUCAACUCAAACUCAACAGUAAAGUGGGUAAUUUCGGAGUGACCGGCUACAUAGGAGGUGGAAUCAUCUUCAAGUGUCAUCACCAUCAAUACAAAAGCAACACAAAAUAUGUGAGUAAAGAAUCAGAUGGAUGUUGUGAGAGGAAGUAUCCAUCAGUUCAGGAUCAAUGGAUGGACAAUGGAGAUGUUUGUCUAUAUGACGACACCAGAGCAGGAGUCUUGAUGGUGUAUUUUAGAGAACUGAACGCUGGACAUGCUGGAACAUACAGGUGUGGAGUGAAUCCAUCUCAAUAUACUGACACAUUCACUCAAGUCCAGCUAGAUAUUAAAGACGAUCCAGUUUUGUCUCAUUGGUGGGUGAAUAAAUCUGUUUCUGUUGGUGAUGAAGUCAAUAUUACCUGUCAGAUCCCAGAGGAACAUCAAUUCAGCCCAAAACUCUUCUGUAAAGAGGAUGAAAAUCACAUCUGUCAAACCGUCAGCAGAUCUGAAGUGAAACUAAAUGAUUUCUCUGAUAAAAGUGUUUUUACUGUGAUCAUCAGUGAUGUGACAGUGAGAGAUGCUGGAGUUUACUGGUGUGGAGCAGAAACCAGUCACACAGAUUUCACUUUCAUCUCUCUCACCACUAAAGUUCAACUCAAACUCAUCAUAUUUGGAGAUGAAGGAGGAUCUGCUCAGAUCAUCUGUCCUUAUGAUCCCAUCUAUAACUCAACAUCAAAAAAACUGUUGAAGAGUUGUACAGAUACAAAUACUCUCAUGGAGAUGAACAGAUGGAGUGUGAAUGAUGACAUGACAGCAAGUGUGUUUAGUGUGAACAUCACUGGACUGACAGCAGAGGAUGCUGGGAAAUACUGCUGUGCAGUGACAUUAGAAACAGACGUGAUUUAUCUUUACACUCAUCUCAUUAUUAUCAUCAAACAGGAACUUCUCUUGAAUAAGAGUGAAGGAGACAACAUGUCAAUGGAGUGCAAACAUCACGCUGAAUAUCAGAAAGUCUUCUGUAAAGCACAUGAAGUCUCAAUGUGUGUCAAUGAUGGAGUUUCAUUACAGUCAAUCAGAGAUGAUGGAUUCUCUUUAAGUGAUGAAACAUCUACUGGAGUCUUUACUGUAAACAUCAGUCAUCUGAGAGAAGAGCAUUCUGGGAUAUACUGGUGUGGAUCUCACAUCAUCACUAAAGUGCAUCUCGAAGUCAAAACAAGUGUUUUUGAAAAGAUCAUUGCUGGUAUCUGUGUGACCCCGCUGCUGAUCAGCGCAUUGAUCCUGAUAUUAUAUAAAUUUAGAUAUCUCAAGACUCGAGGCAGCAAACAAUUACAGUGUACUUGA